AUGAGCCGGCCGUCUGCCAAGCUCUGUGCCGAGUGUUUCCCGGGAGCGCUGCGGUCUUCCCGGGGCCUGCGUGCAGCCGCACCGCUGCGGGGCGCUGGGACUCGAGAACGAUGUUACGCUACGCACCGGAGUGGACUCUCACCGCUGAAUGCGAACGCAAGGAGGGCUCGCGGCUUGUCUGGUGCGCUUCCCGUGGAGAGAACUGUUGCCUCUCAGCUGCCAUUGCGGCCGGCACAGAGACGGAAUCUAGCUACUGCCAGCGAUGAUGCGACAUCCAAGGAUACUGUCUUAGAGAAGGCGGCCGGAACUCCGCAGGAUGGACCAUUGAAGGAGUAUGAUGAUCGCGUGGAGUCGGGUCGACUCCGAGAUGAUCCUUAUCAGCGAGCGAUCAUUCAAAACCUGCAGAACCUUUACGAGGCAUUGAAGGAGUACGAAGCACCUACAGUUAUUCAUCCGACAGUCGAGUCCCUGAACCCUGAGCCUCCUAAGCAGUCGUUCUUUGGCUCUUUGUUCAGCCGGGGAGAGAAGGAAGUCGCGAAAUCCACUAUUCCUGAAAGUCUUCCUGAGGGAUUGUACAUGUACGGUGAUGUUGGGUGUGGAAAGACCAUGCUCAUGGAUCUCUUCUACGAUACUUUGCCGUCCAAUAUUAAGACCAAGACUCGCAUCCACUUCCACAACUUCAUGCAGGAUGUACAUAAGCGCAUGCAUGUUGUUAAGAUGAAGUAUGGUAAUGAUUUCGAUGCAUUGCCUAUGGUUGCGGCGGAUAUUGCCGACUCUGCGAGCGUGCUUUGCUUCGAUGAAUUUCAGUGCACAGAUGUUGCUGAUGCGAUGAUCUUGCGAAGACUCCUGGAAAUUCUCAUGACCCACGGUGUUGUCCUCAUCACAACCUCCAACCGUCAUCCCGACGACCUGUACAAAAACGGCAUUCAGCGCGAGUCAUUCAUCCCCUGCAUCAAACUUCUUAACAAGGAACUCAACGUCAUAAACCUCAACUCCCCAACCGACUACCGCAAGAUCCCCCUCUACCACCACCCUCUAGACACAGACGCGGAAGCCCAUGCUCAAAAAUGGUUCGACUACCUCGGCGACCCUGUCAACGACCCACCACACCCCGAUACCCAAGUCGUCUGGGGUCGCACAAUCAACGUCCCCUGCGCUAGUGGCAAAGCCGCGAAAUUCACCUUCAACCAGCUCAUCGGUAGCGCCACCGGCGCAGCUGACUACCUCGAGCUAGUCCGACACUACAACGCUUUUAUCAUCACCGAUGUACCAGGGAUGAACCUAAACCAGCGUGAUCUAGCGCGCCGAUUCAUUACCUUCAUCGAUGCGGUCUACGAAAGCCGUGCCAAACUCGUUCUUACUACCGAAGUACCACUUACGAACCUCUUUCUCUCCGCGUCGGAUGUGAAGGAUUCGCUCAAGAAUGGCGAUCACUCUGAUCUAUCUGAUGCUAUGCGUAAUCUCAUGGAUGAUUUGGGUAUGUCAGUGCAGGCACUUAAGAAUACCUCUAUCUUUAGUGGUGAUGAGGAACGCUUUGCGUUUGCGCGUGCGCUUUCUAGAUUGGCGGAGAUGGGUAGUAAGGAGUGGGUUGAGCGUGGAAUGGGUGUUGGUAUGGAUGCGCAGGAGAGUAAGGAGGAUCGAGAGGCUUGGUUGAAGACUAGGAGUCAUUGGAGUGAGGAUAAUAUGUAG